UCAAAAUCUAAAUAGGAAAUGAAACUGUUGUUUAAGUGUUUAAUUCAUAAUCAACGUCAGUGUGGAGAUAAUCUUCGUAUUGGAUACAACGUUUUGUAAACUAUCUAGGAUGAUUUAAAUCAUUAUUUGUAAGUAAUAAAUUGUGAAUUGGAUGUAGACUUAUGCAUAAAUGGCAUAAUUACAUACACUGUUGGUAUCUAUCCCGUCGUCGGAUGCUGUUGAUCGGCGGAGCAUACGUUUUCUCAAAUAAGACAUGCUUCUGGAGUGAACGUUGAGAUAAAAGGGGAAUAUCGACGGUCACUACGAAGAAGUAUUCACGUUCAUCAUGAAAAUAUUUGGUUGGGUGUAUCUGUGGAUACCAAUUUACAUAACAGCCAGUUGCCCUAAUAACUGUCGGAGAUGUGGACAAGAUAUUGGUUGGUGCCAAACAUGUGAAGAUGGGUAUUACCAGUCCGAUGGAACCUGUUACAAAUGUGGGAAUACUGGAUGUCUAUGUAGACAUCAAAAUGAAUGCUAUGGCUGCAAGGAAGGUUUUUACAUAUCUGAUGGAACAUGUAACAAAUGUAGAUACGCUGGAUGUCUAUGUACUUAUCGACGUGAAUGCUAUGGCUGCAUGGACGGUUUUUACGUCAAAUAUGACUACUGGGGAAACCUCUAUUGUGCAAAAUGCAUGGCAUCGUGCAAAUCAUGCAAUAACGAUAAAAGUUGCAGUGCAUGUAAGCUUGGUUUUUAUGGUUCGAUCUGUCAAAAGCCGUGUUCAUCGGGAUGUGCAGACCAGUGCGACAUAUAUGGACGGUGUCCAUGUAAACCAAACUUUACUGGUUCAUUGUGUGACAAGUGUAUAGAUGGAUUUUAUGGUGAAAACUGCAGCCAGCCGUGUAGCCCAAAUUGCAGUGCAUGCAGUGAUGCAAACAGCUGCACUUCGUGUAGAAGAGGAUAUUAUGGGCCUACUUGUCAGAUUCCCUGCCUUAGUUCAAUGUGUGCGAAUGGUGAAUGCAACAGACAAAAUGGAGUUUGUUCCUCGUGUGUCACCGGUUACACUGGGUAUUCUUGCAAUGAAACAUGCUCGACCAGAUGUGUGAAUGAUACGUGUGACCAAUUCACUGAGAAAUGCACACACAAGUGUAAACACGGAUUCCAUGGCGAUAAGUGUGAAUAUACCUGUCCACCUAAUUGUCAAUUAUGCACAUCUAUGAAUAACUGCCUUAAAUGUGAAGAUGGAUUCCAUGGCAAUACAUGUGAAUAUUCCUGUCCAUCUAAUUGUCAAUUAUGCAAUUUUGAGAAUAAAUGUUCUAAAUGUAAAGAAGGAUUCUAUGGCUCGAUAUGCCAACAUAACUGCCCAGAAGGAUGCUCAAGUUGCGAUGAUGAACGGAAGUGUUUAUCAUGCAAAGCGAGCUAUUCCAACCCAAAUAAACAAUGUCAGUGCACCAUCGAUAUAUGCUCGUCUUCUCCGUGCACUACUUGUACUAACACGACGUUCUAUCCUGAUGGAAAUGAGUGUUGUCCUUGUAGCAGAAACUGUAAGCAUGCACUCUGUUCGUCGGAGUCUACGUGUACAGGAGAAUGCGAAGAUGGACGGCUACUGGGAUGGGAAGUGCGACCGGAAAUGCAAUGCCAAUUGCUCCUCUUGUGA